GAGAUGACAGCGGACGCGGAAACUACCACCUACGUGCCACCUCCGCUGAUGCUGGUGUCUGGAGAGUUCGUCUGUCCCACACGCAAUCUGCUCGACAAUCCCGGCAUCUACUUCGAGAGUGAGACCGAAUCCAUGGAGUAUGAGGUGUGCGAGGCAAAGUGCAAGAAUCAUGAUGACUGCAACUUCUUCUGGCAUGGCACGCAGUCGUCUGCUACCACAUGCCGCCUGUUUUCCGCGUGCGACAGCCUGGUGCGUGAGAUGGGGUUGGAGGGCGACCUCAUGGCCAUGCCUCGAACGCCAGGAUGUGUCGUGGCCAACCCAAUUGAGUGCUUCACCGUGUCCAUGCGACGAAAGUACCUGACUACCGCA